ACUUCUAUAAAUUCCCAAAUUCAAAGUGUUCACGAGAAGUUUCAUCAAAUUCUCUCAAAAUCAAACUAUUUCCAUACCAGAUCUGUUGUCGCUCCGAUCUUCCAACUUGCUGGAAUGCCGGUGAACUUGACGGCUAACGCGAUCUCGGCGAUCAACGCCGGUGACGUGAACUCAAAGCCAGUGGUUCAGGUAUUGGACAUCAAGUUAAUCGGCACCACACAGGAACGGUACCGACUCACACUCUCCGAUUCUGAGUCCACUCAGCAGGCUAUGCUAGCUACUCAGCUCAAUGACCGAGUCAAAACUGGCCGUGUUCGUAAAACCUCCGUCAUUCAGUUGAUUGAAUACAUCUGUAGCACUGUUCAAAAUCGAAAAAUCAUUGUUGUCCUUAACAUGGAAACUAUUAUACCAGAAUGUGAAAUAAUUGGGAACCCGAAAGUGAUUGUAGAAUCUAAUUUAGGAGCUCAGAAAACUACAUCUAAUGGAGCUUCUGGGUCUGCAAACUUGGGUAACAAUGGUAACUUGAGUGCUCAAAGAUCUGCCCAAGCAAGCUUUGCUAACAUUAAAAAUUUGAGUGCCCAAAAUUCAGGUAAUAGCAUGCAGAACUAUCCACCUGCAAUUCAACCUGCAUAUCAACCUCCUCCAAAUUACAAAAGCCAUGGGGCAAUCAUGAAGAAUGAAGCACCCGCCCGCAUUAUUCCAAUUGCAGCAUUGAAUCCCCAUCAGGGUCGGUGGGCUAUUAAGGCUAGAGUGACUGCAAAGGGGGAUUUACGUCGCUAUAAUAAUUCUAGAGGAGAUGGCAAGGUCUUCUCCUUUGAUCUCCUUGACUCUGAUGGGGGUGAAAUACGUGUGACUUGUUUUAAUGCUGUUGUUGAUCGCUUUUAUGACAAAAUUGAAGCUGGAAAAGUGUACAUGAUAUCAAAAGGCAGCUUGAAACCUGCUCAGAAGAGCUUCAACCAUCUGAAGAAUGAAUGGGAAAUAUUUUUGGAGACAACUUCAACUGUAGAUCUCUGUCCAGAUGAAGAUGCCUCUAUACCAAGACAGCAGUUCUCAUUUAGACCUAUUUGUGAAAUUGAAAGUGCAGAAAACAAUUCAAUCAUAGAUGUGAUUGGAAUUGUGACAGCAGUCAAUCCUUCUGUUCCUAUUCUGAGAAAGAAUGGAAUGGAAACUCAAAGAAGAAUCUUGAAUCUAAAGGAUCAGUCUGGCCGAAGUAUUGAGCUGACCUUAUGGGGUGAUUUCUGUAAUAGGGAAGGUCAAAACCUGCAAGAACUGGCAGAAGCUGGGUUUUCCCCUGUUUUAGCUGUUAAAGCUGCAAAAGUUAGUAACUUCACAGGGAAAUCCAUUGGAACCAUUUCUUCCACGCAACUGUUCAUAAAUCCAGAUUCCGCAGAGGCUCAGACUCUAAGAGAGUGGUUUGAUCAGGGGGGGAAAGACAUUGCUUCUCAAUCUAUAUCUAGGGACAACAUGCCUGUAGGAUCAAAAAUUGAGACACGUAAGACUGUCUUUCAGAUCAAAGAUGAAGGGCUUGGUAGGUCAAAAAAACCAGACUGGGUUACAGUUAAGGCAACCAUAACAUUCAUCAAAACUGACACUUUCUGUUAUACUGCUUGCCCUUUGAUGAUUGGAGACAGACAAUGUAAUAAGAAAGUUACCAGAUCAGGAAACUCCAGAUGGCAAUGUGAUAGGUGUAAUCAAGAGUUUGAGGAAUGUGAUUACAGAUACCUUCUUCAAGCUCAAAUUCAAGAUCAUAGUGGGUUGACAUGGGUGACAACUUUCCAGGAAUCUGGCGAAGAGAUUUUAGGCUGUCCUGCGAAGGAGCUGUACAUGAUGAAAUAUGAAGAGGCUGAUGAUACCAGAUUUUCUGAAAUUAUUAGAAACUGUCUCUUCACACAAUUUCUGUUCCGGCUAAAAAUCAAAGAGGAAUUUUAUGGUGAUGAGCAGAGGGUGAAAAUUACAGUUGUCAAGGCAGAGAAAGUGAACCAUUCUGCAGAAAGCAGAUAUCUCAUUGAUUUAAUUUCAAAAUUCCGUCUUUCUUGAACAAAGGAAGCCAUGAUAAUAGAUUCUUAUUGUGUCCAUCUUUAGGCAAUCCAUUGUCCGUCUUUUCAGAGAGAUUUAGGUAGAAAGUCAAUUGAUUUAGUAAGGUGAUUAUUCUUUUCAUUGCCAUAGAAAGGUAUAUUACUUGCAUUCUUGGUUAGAAAUCCCACUUACUGGUCUAAUGUAGCUUUAGUAUCCAUUUCAUUUGGAAGGAAGACGGUCUCACCCCUUCCUGUGAGUUGAAUUUGCAGUACAAUUCAUUAGCUUCAUCUACAAGGACAAUCUUUUUUAUUGA